UCGACAGUCAUCCGGACCCGGUCGCCUUGAGUGGGGAGACAGCUGUAAGUUCGGCUGGUUCUCAACGUUUCGAAGUUUCUCUAGAAAACUAUUUAUCUGUCAAAUUUGUGUCGAACUUCUUCCCUCAGCUUUCUCGGUUCGUCUGACAUUAUACUAACCUCAUUGUGUGUUCCGCUCCAGUUCUGUCCGUGAAGGGCAGACGUUUGCAGUGCGUCCGGUUUUCGCAUAUUGCAUCCUUUUGACUCUGUGCUUUAUCAUUGAUCGCCCAUUCGUUUUUCGUUCAUCGCACAACAUGCCGCAUCUAGGUUGCCGGUUGGGCUCCUCUGUAGGAGCGAGCGAGGACAAGAAGACGGCGACUACUUGUGUCCACAAGAGAAGUCCGAUGCGAAUCCCUCUUCGCGCCAUUCACAAAUUGCGACCUCAUUCCACCGGGCUCCUUAUUUCUCUCUAUGCCUUCAUUGCUCUAGUAGCUCUUCAGUCUCUUGUGCCUGGCGACUCCACCGCAACGCUGUCCUUCGGGGCUGAGGCGAUGCACGCAUCUACUGGGGGGCUCGACACGUCUCUGUACGUUGACGACAUCGAAGAAAAUGAAAGUUCAGCCUCUCGGACCCGGAGUAACCCAGAGGACGAAGACACCAACGAGAGUAUAUUAGAGGGGUUGAAUGACGGCGCAGCGAUCUCAAAGGAGACUAAACUGCAUAGAAGGACGUCGUUGGGCGGAACCCGCAUACCAAGUGUUCGUAGGAAUGGCAAGCUCGGAGCGAUAUUCUUCACGACUCUGGUGGCAGCCGGUGCUGUUGCAGUCGCUCUGUUGAAUGGGGAAAAAUUCGGGUCGACGAUAAUAGGCGGCCGUUCACUGCCCACUGAUGCCCGUGAAACAAAAGAACCCAGAGCGCAGCGGCCAAAGCUCAAAGUUGCCCUUGGACUCGCAACCGUUAUCGCCAUAGGACUACUCUACUACAGCAAUGUAAGCGUUGCAGGUGGAUGUGGAUUUGUUGAAGCCGAGUUUUAGAAGACAUCGAAGGGGAGGAGAACCUCAGCAAGCAGACACGGUUGCCAGAAAAACAAGCAAACAUCCGACUUGGGCACCUAGCAGCGUUUGCAUCUCCAGACUGACUAGGCGACCGACUUGUGAACUGAAGAGCGCUUCGCAUGAGGGGAGGGCCUGGAGUAGCUGUGGAG